AUGUACUCAAAACCGGCUCGUCUCAGAUAUGGCCUAAUUUGCUCCGGCAGCCGUGUCAUCAAGUCCCGUCAGCUCUCGCCGUCGAAGGUCUGCGCAUCUCCUUGCAUCGCCAGAAGGUCGUUUCAGGUUGCUGGUCACGAUGUUGUCUCUUCCCUCUUCGUCAAGCCCAGACCUGCCCUCGUCGUCGUCGUUGUCGGUUUGGACCUGCUGCUGGAUCGUCUUCUCGUCUCUGCACCGCCUAUCAGUAACAGUUGCGUGGCGCUUCCCCCUGCUGGUGGGUCCACCACCGAUCUGCUCUCUCCUCCCUCUAGUAUCGAUCCUAGGUAUGCCCAUACUCUUGGUUCAGAUUAUUGGCAUCUAAAACAUCCCCCUUUCAAUUUGGUGCAAUUGAUGAAAGACAGAGACAGUGGAGAAGGUAAGGGGUAUGCUUUUGUGGCUUUCAAAACAAAAGAGGUUGCACAAAACGCCAUAGAAGAGAUACACAAUAAGAAAUAUAAGUCGAGGGUGUUGGUCCUGGGGUUGAAGUUAUUGAGCUCUUUAAGGUGCAGUCUUCAACUAAUCUAUGCUGAUAAUAUAUACUUACAUGUGCUUGAUGUGGUGGGAGCCAAAAAUCUAAUAAAGAGAAGACGGACUAAAACAAAUGUAAAAAACUGUAGACGGGAAAAUAAAAUCAUAUUUACACCUAGAAAACUGUUUUUUGCGAAUUCUCAGGUUAAAGCUCUUUAUGUGAAGAACAUACUUGAGAAUACUACUACCAAACAAUUCAAGGAACUAUUCUCUCGUCAUGGAGAAGUAACAAAAGUAGUCAUGCCACCUAGCAAAGCCGGAGGGAAGCGUGAUUUUGGUUUCAUCCAUUAUGCAGAGAGGUCAAGUGCAUUAAAGGCCGUAAAAGACUCGGAGAAAUACGAAAUUGAUGGUCAAUUGCUCGAGGUUGUUCUUGUCAAACCUCAAGCUGAGAAAAAACCCAAUAUGGGUUACGACUACAAUCCUGGACUUGCACAUCUUGAGUUUGGUGGUGCCUUUGCUGGAAAUCUGCAUGGCUCGGUAAUAGGUGUUGCAGGAGCUGGAUAUGGUGUUGCUCCUAGCUGGAUGGUUCUGAUGGCAUUGCCAAAUGGCAAAAUCGGCUAUGUCUUGUAA